UGCAUGGAUGUGUGAGAUACACACAUACAUGUAAUAGAUCGGCAAUACAGUAGGCAACAAACAAACAAACUUCUGAGCAAGCAGCAAGGUCCAAGCUACAGUAGUAUACCAAGAGCCAGACGCUUUAUACUUUUACACGCUGCAAGAACAAUUUUUUAGCAUCGCAUCGAGACCAUCAGCUUUGGAAAAUAAUCAUCGGACAGAUUUAAGCAAUGACAUCGAGAAGCCCUCACAAUCAGCCUUCCUCCAGAGCAAGGAGAGACCUCCACAUUAGCAGUGGAUCUUCCGUGGCAAGUGUCUCCAGUGCCUACAGUGUCACUUCUUCCUUUCGCCAUCACCAAAAUGCGCCAUGGUCUCCACCCACUCCUUCCACGCCAAAGCCAAUGUUGGCCGUGGAUUCCACCCAUACUCCCAAGACGAGAGGAUCUGUGGGCAUUAUGAUUGUGGGAUUGGGAGGUGCCAAUGGAACCACCCUAUUGGCUGGAAUUCUCGCCAAUAGACUCAACAGUCAGUGGAGAGGUCCGCAGGGACAACCCAUGCAACCAAACUACUAUGGAUGCAUCACACAGUUGAAACAAAAGGGAAAGUUUGGAGGAGUUGGAUUCAAAGAUAAAAUUCAGGGUCUAGCUGAUGCUUCCAUGGCGGCUGUUGGAGGAUGGGAUAUCAGACCCACCAAGGUUGGAGACGCUUUGCUUGCUCAUCAAAUUUUAGAUUAUGAUCUGGUCAGACAGUUAAAGGAGGAAAUGAAUAAAGUUAAAAUAUUCAGGGGGGUCUAUGAUCCUCGCUUCAUUGGACCCUCUCAACAUUCAACAGCAACACAUGUACUCUCCAAUGACGAAGCUUCCAAUGACAGUGAAGCACUCAAAUGCUUAAGAGCCGAUAUCCGAUAUUUCAAGUGGAGAAAUGGAGUCGUCGGACACACAACAGUCAUCUGGAGUGCUUCAGUUGAACCCAAUUGUGAUUUGCUAGAAAACAUACAUUCUGCAAGGGACUUGUUAGAAGCCAUUGAAACACAUGAAGAACGUCGUGGUGGACCUCUGCCACCCUCAUUGUUAUACGCCACGGCUGCUCUACUCGAAGGAUGCUCCUUUGUCAAUGGUGGCAGCCAAAAUACACUGUCUUGUCCUGGACUUGCAGAUUUGGCAAGACAACAAGUUGGGGUAUACUGCUUGGGGACCGACUUUAAAGCUGGACAAACCAAAUUCAAAACAGCCGCAGUGGAGUACUUGAGAACCAUGGGACUCGCACCCCGAGUCAUUGCCUCCUCCAAUCACCUUGGAAACAACGAUAUGAAAAACCUGGAUACUGCCAAGGCCGCAAGCAGUGCCAAACUGAGAGUCAAACAAGACAUUUUUGCGCCGUGGGAAGAGGAUAUAGACCACAAGGUCAGCAUCAUGUUCACACCUGAAAUCAAUGACGACAAACGUGAUUUUGUAGAGUACACCAGUCAUGCAUUUCUGGGGCAAACACACACCAUGGUUACCUACACGCGCGCCUCGGAUUCGGUACUCUGUGUGCCGCUCAUGAUUGAUGCCGCAGUUUGGUGUGAUUUCUUCGCGGGGCGUAGUUGGCCUUAUGAAAAGGUGGCCAAGGCGCUCGCCUACCUUUUCAAGGUACCUGAAGGGGUUGCCAAGGGUGUGGACCCAGGUUUUUUCCGACAAAUGCACGAAUUGGAGCUGCAAAGUAUGGCCGCACACGAAGCAAAAACAUCAAAGUCCAAAGAUGCCACUGUGAAAAAGCGAGUCCGGAUCCGGCCAGAGGAGAAAACGACGGAAUGGGCUAUCCCACACGAUGCAAGAAUAAUCUGUGCUGGUCUAGCAUGUGUAGACAUGCAGCUGAAUCAUGCCACAGGAGGCGACGGUGGUGAGCACAUUGAAACAUUUGCCGGUGAAAAGAGCAUUGGCGGAGGAAGUGUAUCAAUGGCUUGCAAAACACUGGCUCGAUUGUGUCAUGGACCACCGUUGGAUGACGAGUACAUGCAAGUGACACCACCAGUGGUGCAUUCUGUCAUUCCUCUCUGUAAAAUUGGCAACGACGAUACCGGAAACAAGCUUCUAUCACUAUUGAAAAACUGCGGAGGCUGUCGGAAUGUAGAUACGACAUACACAAAGAUUGCCAGACAAAAAGACCCUUCUGCACGGACCGCGUUGGCCGUCUUACCAAUCUACCAGGAUGGAAGAAGAGGUUGCUUCUUUGAUGCGGCAUCCAACAGUACAUUCUCUGCUCGUGAGCUGGUGCAGAUGAUUGGUAGCCUUUCUUCUGGAUCCACUGGACCGAUGUUGGACUACUCACAAAUGACAAACGAUGAGAUUGACGACUACAGAGAACGACUUGAAGUUUUGACUCCCGAUUACGGUGCCUUCCUGUUUGGCUACCCACACCUGCUUCCUCAGAUUCAGGGCGAAGCGCUAGCACAGGUUCUGUUGGAAGCCAGAAGCAUUAUGAUCGACGGUGGCAUUAUCGCGUUGGACUUGAACGGCGUCCCAGAGGGCACAUUCCCAAUUCGAGAAGGAUCAAUCCGAUCUCUCUCUGAUCUGCGCAACGACGCAGUGAUUGGAAUGGCAUUGGAGCACGUCGACAUUCUGCACUUGAAUGAAGAUGAGCUUUGCUUGCUCACCGGGUGCGAGGUGGUAGGAACAGCUGAAUCCGAGUUGGAAGACGAGUAUGCCAUCGCAAUGGCAGUAAACUUGUUUCUCAAUGCUGGCGUCGGAGUUGUAGCCGUUACCAGGGGCUCCAAGGGAAGCUUUGUCAGUUGCAACAAUGAAGAGCGAUUUCGACGAACUCCAAUGCUUCCCAACUCUUGGGUUGAUUGCACUGCUAGGGGUAGUGCUUUGCAGCUUCCUCCUGGGACGAUCAUCAACUCGAACGGAGCUGGCGAUUCGUACACUUCGGGGCUCCUUGUAGCAUCGAUGUUGCGACACACAGGGAUGACCGUCCCAAUUCGGAAUGAAGACGGCAGAGACGAAGAGAUUUCUCCAAAGAGCCAAAUUCCUCCCCUGAAAGGGAAACUUGCAUCCGGCAAGAAGAGGAUGACUCCGUACACACUGUACAUGCGAGAGAACUACGUUACACUGAAGCAACAAUGCAAUGACGACAAGAAAGCCAUCUUCACUAAGUGCCAUGAGAUGUGGGAGAAUGAAGCAGACGAAGUUAAAUCCAUGUACGAGCGCAAAGCUUUGGAAGAAAAUGAAGCAGACGCCGAGAACGAAAUAUCGAACCGCGUGAUAGACGACAUGGAAGCUCUUGAUUCAACCCAACAAUUGACUUCUCCAUCUCACGAUAUCGAAGAGAACCCUCGCAACCUGUAUAUGACAAAUCGAUCGUUGAACCUAGAAUCGGCUGUCUUGUUUGCAAGUUUGGUGGCCGCCUACCACAUUGACAUGUCCACUCGAGACAGAAAGCACAUCGAUAUGCUACAACUGCUAGAACGCUCCAUGGUUUUUCCCACUGGUCUUGAAGAGAUCUAGAACCCAGCAACUCACCGAGGGGUACCGAUCGGCUUGGACCCCCUGUGUUGUGCGCUGAUGUAUAAACUAAUCCGGUAGUACCUAAAAUACACUAGACUAGAAUCGAUUUCCC